AUGUCGGCCCAAGAUCUCAUCGAUUUCACGCCGGUUCAUCGGUGCUGCCAAAUUUUCAACGUUCUUGGAGCCAAAGAAGAGUUUGAGCAGUAUUACAGAGAACAGCGCACAGAACAGUGCGAGCUCGUCAUUUCCCCAGCUCAGGUGAUUUUUUCAAGAAUCUCUGAAUAAAUCUCGAAUUUCAGCUAAAAAACAUCAAGGAUUAUGUCAAUUACUUGGACGAGAUUAUUGGUUUCUUCGUUGUUGAAGAUCACAUUUUGAUCACGGAACCAAGCCUUGUGAGAACAAAAACAUUUUUUGGAAUUUUUAUAAUUAUUUUAGGUCAGCGCUGCUUACAAAGAUAACUUGUGGGAAAUUGCUCUGAAAAAAGUCAUCAAUACGCUGAAUUUAAAAUUCGUAAGAUUAAAAAAGAUUUUCAUAAAAUAAACCAAGAUAUUUCAGGGAGGCUGUCCAGACGUUGAAAUGAUGCUGAGAAUGAAAAAAGUAAUUCUCCUCUUUGUUUUGACAAUGAAGUCCUACGGUUAUGGGAUAAUACCGCUUUAUUCACUACUUCAGAACUUCAGGUUUCCCUCCGUUAUUUGAAUUUUCAUUAUUUUUUUCUCAGAGAUCAAUACAAUGAAAUUUUGAUGAGCGAGUACUGCGCGCAGUUUGAACGAGACCUUGAAAGAGACAAUUACACUCCGAUCUCAGUCAACAGCGAGGAAGAGUUCAAGGCGGUCAUUCGUCAAUUUCCGUUCUACAAAAGAAGCAUGGAGCAGGUUUGUACCUUCAAUAAGUUUUUGGGAAAAAAUCAUACUUUCAGGAGCCCUUCCCGCGUAGAUUCCCUUUCUCGCGAUUUGUCAUUUCUGUCUACAAUCAAGCAAAAUCUUACUUGGUUGGCUGUUUGAAGUUCAUGGAGCAUCUCCAGUUGAACAACUCCGAAGUUGACGACACUGUGAGGAGGUCAGACACAUUCCAUAAUUUUUUACAUCGCGAAAUUGCAGAUAUGCCAAUGUCUUGCUGGCACGAUGGUCUGGAAGUUUGAAAAGUUUUGUACUGAAGAAAAUUUCCCUCGUCCAGGUUUAAAAAGUACAAUUGGUUUUAUCUUAACUUACUGUUAAGCUCGUUCAAAUCACAAUCAACAUCGGUUAUCUGGAGAAGUCAUGCGAAUCACUUGGACCUUUCAUCACUCGUCUGACAAAUGGCGAAGACGCUAUUGGAACAACUUCUCAUCAAGUGGUCUUGUCGGAAAGAGUCUUCAGGGACGCCAGAAGCGAGGUUACUAUGUGGCCAAAUUUCUCGAUUUUCACUAGGAAGUUUUGAACCAAAAUCAACCUCUACUGAUAAUCUUCUCUUCCUAACAUUUUGAAAAAACUGAUCAUAAGUAAAAAAAGUUCUAGAGACAACCUGUUGCAAAAAAGAAAAAUAAUUACCCAGGUCGAGCAACAAAUCGAUGAGUGUAUCCGCGACAAAGUGGACGCCUUCAUUGAGCUGGCGAGCUAUGACUGGGAACUUCCAGCUUCUUCUGGCCAUGCUUCGGACUUCAUUUCUGACCUCAUCAACUUCCUUCAAACCACUUUUGUGUCUUUCACGAACUUGCCUUCUCAACUCGCUCGACACGUUUGUAUGCAGGUUUGAUUGACCAAUUUUCCGAUUGACUUCAAAUUUUCUUGAAGACUUGCAAGCACUUGUCCCAAUGCUUGUCGGAGCUGUUGCUUUCGGCAGAAACAAAGGCUAUAUCAACUGGAGCCUUGGACCAAUUCAGUUUGGACGUCAUGCAAUGCGAAAUGUUCACCGCCAGAUGCCCUGUGGCCGGAUUUGACCACCAAACUUUGCCUAUGACUUUCGCUCAUCUGAGGUUUUACUGGAAUUAUAAUUUUCAUAAUUUACUUGAUCUUCCAGACAACUUCUGGACCUGGUAAUGAGUGCCGAUUGGACAACUUAUCUAGCGGAAUAUGGACAGGAGAACGGAAAAUACGUACGCGUAAAAGCUUCAACGGCUAUCAUUGUGCUUGAAAAGUUUGUAAAUCGUCCAAAAAAUGUCACAGAGUUUAUUUAAAGGAUGAUCGAGUUUGAAAGAAGAGGAGCUGGCUUUUUCGGCAUCAACAAAGGCGAUCGAAAAAAGCUUCUGGACACGAUCAUACGACAAUUGCGCAAUUUAUCAAACCAAUGA